CUGGAAAACGUCGAACACGUGGAUGUGGAUACGCCCUUCGGGAAACCCAGCAACUCCAUUGUCCUGGGAGACCUCUCAGGGGUCCGGGUGGCUUUCCUCCCUCGCCACGGACGCGGCCACCGGUUUAACCCUACUCACAUUCCGGUUAGGGCAAACAUUUACGCUUUGAAGACCCUCGGAGUUGAGCGCGUGAUCUCCGUCAGUGCCGUGGGAAGCCUAAAGGAAGAAUUUGCGCCCCUGGACCUCGUCAUCCCGAGCCAGCUCAUCGACCGGACACGUUUGCGGGAGAACACAUUCUUCGACGAGCACAUUGUGGUGCACGUGAGUAUCGCUGACCCGUUCUGCGCCCCCACCAGCCAGGCGAUUCAUCGUGCCGCGCAGGCCAUGGACGUGAAUGUCCACUCAGGGGGCACAAUGGUGGUGAUGGAAGGCCCCGCUUUCUCAACAAGGGCCGAGUCGUUUAUGUACCGCUCUUGGGGGGCAGACAUAAUCGGUAUGACGGCCCUUCCUGAGGCCAAGCUGGCCCGGGAGGCAGAGAUGUGCUACGCCACCUGGCUUGGAUCACGGACUACGACGCAAGACCCCGGCGAACCGUAUUUCCGCGUUGAUUCCGUUGAAGCCAAGCAGAUCUUGGACAGCGACCCGGAUAACACCGUUGUGGUCGAUGUGCGCAGGGACGACGAAUGGGUGACGGGCCACGCAUCCGGCGCCAUUCACAUCCCCAUAGACGAUUUCGCGGACCGGAUUGGCGAAGUGCCUCAGGACAAAACGCUGCUAUUCAUCUGCGCCGCCGGUGUCCGUAGCGGACUGGCCUGCGAGCUGGCGUCGUCCUUUGGCUACAACACUGACAACCUGAUCAAUGUGGAAGACGGCACACCGUCCUGGAUCGCGGCCGGCAAUCCCACCUCCUACGGCAACGACCCGUAA